ACUUCACCACCGCAAUCGCUUCACUUUUUUAAUUCUCUUCUUCUAAACUACAUUUUGCCAUCAUUUUCUUCCCACACCCCCGAAUUACUCCCAGAUACCCGAGCUGAAUAUAUUCAGUUCUUCAUACCUCAAUAUCCUCAAAGGCUUCUCUAGUUCUUAAGCGAUUUCCACACCUUGUCUACUUUGAGUUGUGAGUCUUUCCAUUCCACCGCUGUGCAAUUCACGCCAUUAGAGUUACCAACUUCCACCUCUUCCAACACGCCUACAAACCCACAACUAACAAUCGACGCCCCCUUCGGCGAUCCCAACAUAUAGGCAGCAAAUAAAGCUCUUCAUCAAGGCUAUACCACCGCAUAGAAACCCUAUAACAUUCCCAACGCCUGCACGGAAUAACCCCCAUACCCAAGAUGUCCGGAGAAAACGAUAGCGGAAGCCCUGCGGCUGAGCGCUCUGACGCCCCUGCCGGCGGCAGCGAACACCUGAACAUCAAGGUGACCGACAACAACAACGAGGUCUUCUUCAAGAUCAAGAGAUCUACCAAGCUCGAGAAGUUGAUGACAGCCUUCUGUGAGCGCCAAGGCAAGAGUGUCGAAGCUGUCCGUUUCUUAUUCGAGGGACAGCGAGUGCAGAAGAGUGAUACACCCGACUCCCUGGAGAUGGCAGACGGUGAUACCCUAGAAGUUCACCAGGAGCAGGUUGGUGGCGCGUGCCGCCGUUAACACUAUCAACCUCAUCAGAGUUAGCAGAAUCAGUGUCAACAAAAUGACAUUGAAUCAUACAUGGAUUAAGGACUUCGGGGAAUGGAGUAGGGGUUCGUGAUAUACCUCGAGCGGAUGACGGUAGAAAGCAACAAGGGUCCCUGAUGAUUGAUCUCUCUCUUAUCGUCUCGGAACCUAAAAAUGGUCAUUCAUAGACCCUCGUCGCCACUCUCCCUACCCCUCUAGGUAAGGGUUAAGGAGCAUCUGUCAUCUAGAUUCCUGCUUUUGCAAAUCUUUCAGAAGUAAUUUCUUCCCAUCAAUUGAGAAUCAGCGGCUAAAUCUCGAACGAGAAGCUGCCUUCGUCAUUGCCGCCAUAUGGCUAUUAUUCUA